UGUCCAGCAUCCCUGUGCCACUCUGGGGUGCAGCAGGGCAGGAUGUGGCCCCUGGCCAGAGCCUCACAGCGUGCUGGAGAAGGGGGUGGCAGGCGCCCCGGAGGCGUGAGCGAUGGCCCUUGUUGGUCACACUACAUUUCCUUUUCAUUAGAGCUAAGUGUGGACAUGAGGGAUCGGCAAGGGUUCAGCGGGCACAGCCACUGCGUGGCUGCUCUCCCUGAUGGAUGGCAGGGUGGGAGAGGGCUGCCGCACUGCUGGUGGAAGGGACAGCAGGGAGGCACAGGGCCACUGGGCAUGUGGCUGUGCCGGCGUGGCUGAUGUCCCAGCCAGGGCACGUGGAGGUGGCCGAGCCCCAUCUCCCCACAGGUGCUCAGCAAAGCGCGACCGUGGCCAACCCGGCAUCUGGCGCAUCCUCGGACCUGCUGCCACACUUCCAGCUGGAGCCGGAGGAUGUCUACAUUGUGAAGAACAAGGCAGUGAGCCUGGCCUGCCGUGCCACCCCUGCCACCCAGAUCUACUUCAAGUGCAAUGGCGAGUGGGUGCACCAAGGUGACCACGUCACGCAGCACAGCACCGACCGCAGCACGGGGCUGCCAGUGAUGGAAGUGCGCAUCGAGGUCACCCGUCAGCAAGUGGAGAAGAUCUUUGGGCUGGAGGAGUACUGGUGCCAGUGCGUGGCCUGGAGCUCCUCCGGCACCACCAAGAGCCAGAAGGCUUUUGUGCGCAUCGCCUAUCUGCGCAAGAACUUUGAGCAGGAGCCGACAGCCAGGGAGGUCUCCAUUGAGCAGGGCAUCGUGCUGCCAUGCCGCCCUCCCGAGGGCAUCCCCCCCGCCGAGGUGGAGUGGCUGCGCAACGAGGAGCUGGUGGACCCGGAACUGGAUGCCAACGUCUACGUGACGCCGGAGCACAGCCUGGUGCUGCGUCAGGCCCGCCUGGCCGACACCGCCAACUACACCUGCGUGGCUAAAAACAUCGUGGCCCGCCGCCGCAGCGCCUCUGCUGCCAUCACUGUCUACGUGAACGGCGGCUGGUCGACGUGGACGCAGUGGUCAGGCUGCAGCACCAGCUGUGGACGGGGCUGGCAGAAGCGGAGCCGGACGUGCACCAACCCCACGCCCCUCAAUGGGGGUGCUUUCUGUGAGGGCCAAAACGUGCAGAAAACCGCCUGCACCACCCUCUGCCCAGUGGACGGCGCCUGGUCAGAGUGGAGCAAAUGGUCGGAGUGUGGGGCCGAAUGCACCCACUGGCGCAGCCGCGAGUGCUCGGAGCCAGCGCCGCGCAACGGAGGCCGCGACUGUCACGGCCCCGAGCUGGACACCCGUAACUGCACCUCUGAGCUCUGCACCCACGCUGCCCCUGGCGCAGAGGACGUAGCCCUGUACGUGGGGCUGGUGGCCGUGGCCGUGUGCCUGGUGCUGCUGCUGCUGGUGGGGGUGCUGGUGUACUGCCGCAAGAAGGGGGGCCUGGACGCUGAUGUGGCCGAUUCCUCCAUCCUCACCGCCGGCUUCCAGCCCGUCAGCAUCAAGCCCAGCAAGGCUGACAACCCCAGCCUGCUCACCAUCCAGCCAGACCUCAGCACCACCACCAUGACCUACCAGGGCUCGCUCUGCCCACGCCAGGACGGCCCUGCCAAGCUCCAGCUGCCCAACGGGCACCUGCUGAGCCCGCUGGGUGCUGGACGGCACACGCUGCACCACAGCUCGCCCGCCGCCGAGGGCGCUGACUUCGUGGCCCGGCUCUCCACACAGAGCUACUUCCGCUCCCUGCCCCGCGGCACCAACAACAUGGCCUACGGCACCUUCAACUUCUUGGGGGGGCGGCUCAUGAUCCCCAACACAGGGAUCAGCCUGCUCAUCCCACCCGAUGCCAUCCCACGGGGGAAGAUCUAUGAGGUCUACCUGACGCUGCACAAGCAGGAGGAGGUGAGGCUGCCCCUGGCUGGCUGCCAGACGCUGCUGAGCCCCAUUGUCAGCUGCGGCCCCCCCGGGGUCCUCCUCACCCGCCCCGCCAUCCUGGCCAUGGGGCACUGCGUGGAAGCCAGUGCUGAGAACUGGAGCAUCCGGCUGAAGAAGCAGUCGUGCGAGGGCACGUGGGAGGACGUGCUGCAGCUGGGCGCUGAGCCGUGCACAGAGCUGUACUACUGCCAGCUGGAAGCGCAGGCUUGCUACGUGUUCACGGAGCAGCUGGGGCGCUUUGCCCUGGUCGGGGAGUCCCUCAGCAUGGCGGCCUCCAAGCGCCUCAAGCUGGUCCUGUUCGCGCCGGCCGCCUGCCCCUCGCUGGAAUACAACAUCCGCGUCUACUGCCUCAGUGACACCCAGGACGUCCUCAAGGAGGUGAUCCAGCUGGAGAAGCAGCUGGGAGGGCAGCUGAUCGGAGCCCCCCGGGUGCUGCACUUCAAGGACAGCUACCACAACCUGCGCCUCUCCAUCCACGACAUGCCCAGCUCCCUCUGGAAGAGCAAGCUCCUCGCCAGCUACCAGGAGAUCCCCUUCUACCACAUCUGGAGUGGGCUGCAGCCCUUCCUGCACUGCACCUUCACCCUGGAGCGCCUGAGCACCAGCACCUGUGAGCUGGCCUGCAAGAUCUGGGUAUGGCAGGUGGAGGGAGACGGGCAGAGCUUCACCGUCAACUUCAACAUCGCCAAGGACACAAGGUUUUCAGACUGGCUGGUCCCCGAUGAGGUGGGCACCCCGGCUCUGGUGGGCCCCAGUGCCUUCAAGAUCCCCUUCCUCAUCCGCCAAAAGAUCAUCAGCAGCCUGGACCCGCCGGGCACACGGGGAGCCGACUGGAGGACACUGGCACAAAAGCUCAACCUUGACAGCCAUCUCAGCUUCUUCGCCUCGAAGGCCAGCCCCACAGCCAUGAUCCUCAACUUGUGGGAAGCACGGCACUUCCCCAAUGGCAACCUCUCCCAGCUGGCUGCCGCCGUGGCCGAGGUCGGCAAGCAGGACGGUGCCCUCUUCUCCGAGGCUGAGUGCUGAGCAUGGCGGCUCCAGGGGACCACCACCAUGGGGCUAAGGGGGGCCCUGGCUGGCCCACCAGGCUCCUACUGCCCCACAGCGCACGGGGAGGGCUGCCUGGCCCCCUUGGGAGGGCAGGAUGCACCUGCCCCGUGGCAGCCAGGCCCCUCCAGCACUGUGGCGGCGGGACUCAGCCCAGCCCUGGGGGUCCCAGAGCCCCGUGGUGGGGGGCUGGGGGGGCACGGGGUGUGCGUCGUGCGUGCGGUGCCGUCGUGGUGUCUGCGUGUGGGGCCAGGCGGCCCCGGGCCCCGUGCCGUGUUGUGUAAAGCCCGUUUUUUUAAUUCUGUAUUAAGUGCAUUCAAGUAUUUACACUUGGCCUUAUGUACAUAGCGGUGCCGCGGGCGGGGGGUCUGCCGGACGUGAAUGUAAAUAAAUUCGAUAUAUAUUGCUA